AGGUCAGUUAGGUAAAGUAGGGGCCUUUACCUCUGCUGGUGAAUCAGAAGGCUGCAUUUCUAAAUUCUUCUUAACUCCAGUGCUUAGGUUUGAAAGAAGCCUAUUCUAAACCACAGAUAUACAAGGUCAUUUUCUCAAUCAAGAGCCACCCUUUAACGCAAAUCCCUAUUCCAUGCUGUUAUGGGUGAAACUCUGGGAGAUUCUCUUAUUGACCCAGAAAGUGAUUCCUUCGCCGAUACACUGUCUGCAAGCACUUCACAAGAAAUUACCAUGGUUGACACAGAGAUGCCGUUUUGGCCCACCAACUUUGGAAUCAGCUCCGUGGAUCUUUCCGUAAUGGAUGACCACUCCCAUGCCUUUGACAUCAAGCCCUUCACCACCGUCGACUUCUCCAGCAUUUCUACUCCACACUAUGAAGACAUUCCAUUCGCAAGAGCUGACCCAAUGGUUGCUGAUUACAAGUAUGACCUGAAGCUGCAAGAGUACCAAAGUGCAAUCAAAGUGGAGCCAGCAUCCCCACCUUAUUAUUCUGAAAAGGCUCAGCUGUACAGUAAGCCUCAUGAAGAGCCUUCCAACUCCCUCAUGGCAAUUGAAUGCCGUGUCUGCGGAGAUAAAGCUUCUGGGUUCCACUACGGAGUUCAUGCUUGCGAAGGAUGCAAGGGUUUCUUCCGGAGAACAAUCAGAUUGAAGCUUAUUUAUGAUAGGUGUGAUCUUAACUGUCGGAUCCACAAAAAAAGUAGAAAUAAAUGUCAGUACUGCCGGUUUCAGAAAUGCCUUGCGGUGGGGAUGUCUCACAAUGCCAUCAGGUUUGGGCGGAUGCCACAGGCUGAGAAGGAGAAGCUGUUGGCAGAGAUCUCCAGUGAUAUCGACCAGCUGAACCCAGAGUCUGCUGAUCUCCGGGCCCUGGCAAAACAUUUGUAUGACUCAUACAUAAAGUCCUUCCCGCUGACCAAAGCAAAGGCGAGGGCCAUCUUGACAGGAAAGACAACAGAUAAAUCACCAUUUGUUAUCUAUGACAUGAAUUCCUUAAUGAUGGGAGAAGAUAAAAUCAAGUUCAAACACAUCACCCCCUUGCAGGAGCAGAGCAAAGAGGUGGCCAUCCGCAUUUUUCAGGGGUGUCAAUUUCGUUCAGUGGAAGCUGUGCAAGAGAUCACAGAAUAUGCCAAAAGUAUUCCUGGUUUUGUAAACCUUGACUUGAAUGACCAAGUAACUCUCCUAAAAUAUGGCGUCCAUGAGAUCAUUUACACAAUGCUGGCCUCCUUGAUGAAUAAGGAUGGGGUUCUCAUAUCAGAGGGCCAAGGAUUCAUGACAAGGGAGUUUCUAAAGAGCCUGAGAAAGCCCUUUGGUGACUUUAUGGAACCCAAGUUUGAGUUUGCUGUGAAGUUCAAUGCACUGGAAUUAGAUGACAGUGACUUGGCAAUAUUUAUAGCCGUCAUUAUUCUCAGCGGAGACCGCCCAGGUUUGCUGAAUGUGAAGCCCAUUGAGGACAUACAAGACAACUUGCUGCAAGCUUUGGAGCUCCAGCUCAAGCUGAACCACCCAGAGUCCUCUCAGCUCUUUGCCAAGCUGCUCCAGAAAAUGACAGACCUCAGACAGAUUGUAACAGAACACGUGCAACUAUUGCAAGUGAUAAAGAAAACAGAGACAGACAUGAGUCUUCACCCACUCCUACAGGAAAUAUACAAGGACUUGUAUUAGCAGAGAAGUCCUAAUUCACUGACAAUGUUUCCCUUCUUCCAGUUGCACUAUUAUUUUGAGGGAAGAUCUGACACCUAAAAAAUUUACUGUGAAAAAGCAUUUUAAAAAGAAAAGGUUUUAGAAUAAUAGAUCUAUUUUAUGCAUAUUGUUUAUAAAGAUACAUUUACAAUUUACUUUUAAUAUUAAAAAUUACCACGUUAUGAAA